CAGCAUCGUGUCUUCUCAGUGUGUUACGAUUAAGCAUAAGUGCAAUCAUCCAAUGUACUUAAUUUAGAAAGUGAAAAUGUAUGCCUGUCUCCGUUGCCAAGCUGAAAAUAAACGUGAAGUUUUGGGAAAACAGGAUUGCGUGGUAGUUUGGGGUGAAUGCAAUCACUCCUUUCAUCAUUGUUGCAUGUCUCUAUGGGUGAAGCAAAACAAUCGUUGUCCUCUUUGCCAACAAGAAUGGUCCAUACAACGUAUGGGAAAAUAAAUUUUUUUUUACAUGUAUUAAGCUCAGUUUUAAUUAAAGUUUAAUUUAUUAUUUUAAUUUUCUUUCUU